CAAAAUGCGUCGAAAAAUGGAAAACAAGUUGUUGGUUGUCUUCUGUAAACACGCUGCUUGAAUUAGUCGGGGUUCUUAAAGUACACAGAUAUUGAGGUGAUAUUUAGUAAAUUUCUAAAGAAUCAAAGUUUAUUUACUAGUUAUUUGGCUUGUAAAUUGUGAAAAAUGACUGAGAAAGCCUCUUCAAAGCUAUCUCGGGAAGAGAUAGCAAAACAAUUUCAACUCCCUGAACGAAAGUCAAAGAUUGCAUAUAUUCUAAAACAGGAUGAUAAAAAAUAUUGCAUUUGUAGAUCAUCAGAUACGUCACGGUUUAUGAUAGCCUGUGACAGCUGUGAGGAAUGGUAUCAUGGAGACUGUAUUGGUAUUCAAGAGAAUCAAGCAAAGUCAAUUCACAAGUAUUUUUGUGUGCAAUGUCAAGAUGAAGACCAAACCCUCGUCAUACAAUUCAAACCAGGCGUCAAGGCUGAUGUUGAAGACAGAGUUUAUGCACCUAAAAAGAAGAAACGUCGUGAUAGGCAGGAGUUGGGUGAUAUUACAGCCUCUUCAAACCAUUGGACCGACGACAGAGAUGGCCGCCAUAAAUCGUCCAAGGUUGGCAAGACUAGACGCAAGGUGUCCUGCGGCAGGUGUGCCAACUGCCUGCGUCAUCAGGCUUGCGGCCAGUGUGGUUUGUGCCAACGCGGCAGAGGCGACCAGUGUCUGCGGUUACGCUGUCUGACUGCUCAGUCGAAACACGACACCAACCGCAAACGGUCAAAGUCCUCUGCAAAGUUAGCGACCGACCGAGUUCGCCGUCCAUCCGCCAGAUCGCGCCGUCGUCGCGGUGGCAGCCAUGACACCUCUAAGGCAGCAGCCAAUGAGAAGGAGGCCGCCCUCCGCCAGUGCUGUGGCCUGGAGUGCGUCAACCCCGCUCGGCCCCACAGCAAGUACUGCAGCGAUGCCUGUGGCCUCCAGUUGGCUACUAAUCGUAUAUUUCAGGUGCUGCCAGCUCGCAUCCAAGAAUGGAAACUAACCAAUUGUAUAGCAGAGGAAUUCAACAAACGAGAGUUGGAGUCGGUUCGUAAACAACAACAGGAAGUCAAGAGAGUUCUGCAAGAAUUGGAUAAACGUCACAAGGAAUUGGACUUGGUAAUAGAACGAUCCAAACGAACCACCAUAGAUCUCUCUCAGGACCUAGAUCAAGACCAGGAAGGUGUAGAGACCGAGAUGAACAUGUAUUGCAUCACUUGUGGAUAUGAGAUACAUUCUCGCACUGCUAUAAGGCAUAUGGAAAGGUGUUUCAACAAAUACGAAAGCCAAGCGUCGUUCGGCUCCAAGUACAAGACUCGUGUUGAGGGAAAACAGCUGUUCUGUGAUGUCUACAACGCGCAGAAUGGCACCUACUGUAAGCGACUCAGGGUGCUGUGUCCCGAGCAUGCCAAGGAUCCGAAAAUCGGAGAUCAGGAGGUUUGUGGUUGUCCACUGGUAACGAACGUUUUCGAUUUGACUGGUGAAUUUUGUCGAGCUGCUAAGAAGGAGUGUAUACGUCACUACUGUUGGGAAAAACUACGCCGGGCUGAAAUCGAUAUGGAAAUCGUUCGACAGUGGCUGAAGAUCGACGAGCUAAUAGAACAAGAGCGACUGAUUCGUCAGCGUAUGACAGACAGAGCUGGAGUAUUGGCUCUGAUGCUUCACUCCACUUACAACCAUGAACUCAUGGAGGAAAUGGCUGCCAAUCAUCAACCUAAUCAAACUGGUGCACUCACCAAUAGUGCUUAAGCCUCAGUCAAUCAUGAGUGUCAUAAAUUUUAUGAACUGCAACGUUUCAAGAUUGAUUACAUUAAGCGAUUUGGAAUGUGGGGUUGUAUGUUACGUUGGUUAUAUUUCUCUGGUGCGUUGAUCAAUGGUGCAUAAGUUUCCACGAGUCAUAAGUGUCAUAGAUUUCAUAAAAUACAACGUUUCAAGAUUCAUAAGAGUUGUUACAUUAAGCGAUUUUGAAAUGUGGGGUUGUAAGUGUCGUUGGUUAUAUUUUUCUGGUGCGUUGAUCAAUGGUACAUAACCUUCAACGAAUCAUGAGUGUCAUAAAGUUCAUUAAUAACAACGUUUCAAGAUUUUUUUGAAAAGGUUCAUGAGAGUUGAGGGAAGUGAUAACAUUAAGUCAUGUAAUAAAAGGUUGUAAGUGAUUUAUUUUAAUUUAAAUUUGUGUUUUCAUCAGGUUGUAAGUGACUUUGAUUUCAUUGUACUGAUGGCUGACCAUUGGUUCAUAAUCUUUGAGGAAUCAUAAGUCAUAAAUUUCAUAAACUACAACGUUUCAUGAUUCAUAAGAGUUGGGGGAAGUGAUUACAAUAGUGACGGUAAUAGAAGGUUGUAAUUAGCUUAAAUUACAUUGAAUCCAAUGUAUUUAAUGACUAUUGGUUCAUUAACGUCGAGAGUCAUAAGAAUUAUGAAUCCAUAAUCUUCAACCUAUUUGAUGAUCAAUGGUUUAUAAACGUCGAGAGAACCUUGAAUCUCAUGUACUUAUCGUCUUAUUUUUUUGUCAUAAGUAACGAUUCUGCAAGGUGUUUAUAAACUUUAAGAGAAGCUUGAGUGUAUAAAAUCUCAUGAACUUAUUGUCUUAUGUUUUGUCCUAUGUGUUGAGAGAAUCAAGUCUUAAUUUUAUGAGCCUCAACGUCUGAAGGUUCAUAAGUAUCAACAAGAAUUUCAAUGUGUUAUAUAGUAUCAUGAUUGAUUUGCCAUAUUUUGCCAUAAGUAAUAGUUUUAAAGUUUAGAUUUCUCAGUGUUUUUUUGCUAGCUAUACCAUAAUGCUGAAAUCUACAAAAAUUACAAUUAUUCCCAGAAAGUGUUGAAUAAAAUAUUGUGGUGAAAUUCUUCAUACAAUAUUUGUGCUGUGAAAAUUGUAUAAAUUUUACUCGUAUGUGAACACGAGUAAGUCAUAAUUUGUAAGAAGUACAGUACUUAUUAGUAAGUAUGAAGAUCGUGGAGAAGAUAUGAUUGAGUGAAAAAAUCAAGAAAGAACUACAAAUGAAUGAAGUUUUUGAAGAAUUCUACCAAGUGUCAUUAAAAGAAGAAAUUGAGGAAGUAUUAAAAAUAACUACGUAUUUCCAAAUCAUCCCUGAUUGAAUAGUAAUAAGUUAAUUUUGUUAUUCUAUAAAUCAUUUAUAAACUACUCAGGAAUUAUUGUUAGUGUGAGAGGUGAGAAUGAAGUUUUUUUUUAAUAAUAUCAAAUACAGUAUGAUACAGUUAUACAGUAAAAUACAAAACCUAUAAACAAACAUUUUUUGGGGAAUAAUUAUGAUCAAAUACUACGGUAACUAAUAUAUGAAACCGUAUAAGAGAAUAAUUUUAUACAAUUUAUAAAAUGAAAUACAACAAAUUAAUUUGGUGGCGAAAACUCUCUCAAGUAAGUUUAUUCUUUACAUUCUAUAUUAUUUGUGUUGAUCGUUUUAAGUUGCUUUAUUUUGUCUCCAGUUGUUUUUUUAUUUUUUCAGCUUGUUAUUUAGAAUAGUUUUUUGUAGGUACGGUACCUAUCUCUAUCGCUUAUUAUUUGUAAGCUAUUCUUUCAUAUCAGCUUUAUAUCUUACCUAUUACUUUGAACCAAUAAAACCUUACCAAUUUA